AUGGCACAACGUAAAGUCAAAGAUACAACUUACUACGAUGUUCUUGGUGUUUCCACAGAAGCGACAGAUAUAGAGUUGAAGAAGGCUUACAGAACUUUAGCAAUCAAGAAGAAUCAUCCAGAUAAGAAUCCAUCACCUGAUGCAGAAGCAAAGUUCAAAGAGAUUGGAGAAGCAUAUCAAAUACUGAGCAAUGCCGACUCUCGUGCACACUACGAUAAAGUCGGUAAAGCCGGGAUGAACAAGACUGAUGAAGGUGUUGUAGAUCCUCAAGAGAUAUUUUCUCAGAUCUUUGGUGGAGAACGGUUUUAUGACUAUAUCGGAGAGAUAUCGUUAGUCAAAGACUUUUCAUCCACAAUGGAUGUCGUCAUGACUCCCGAGGAAAAAGCAGCUAUGGAAGCUGAAGCCAAAGCGAAUGGCGUGUCGACCGCCGCUGUCUCCGGUGAUGGUGUAGCUCCUACUGCUCCCACCGACACUGCGACACCGGAAAAACCCCUCGAAGCAGAAGCAGGACAGACGAAACCUACCGCGCCUGCAAGUCCUUCACCCACUGCUGGCAUCAGUGGAGAAGCGCCUGCCGAUCAUAAUGGUCAUAUGACACAUCACUCAUCUUUCAGCUCUGGCGCAUCAACCCCUGGGAAAGAUACCGUCGGACAUAAACAGCCUGAUAAAAAGGGAAAACCCAAACUUACCCCUGAGCAGAAAGCUCAAUUGGAAGCCCUUGAAAAAGCCCGGGAAGAAGAGAAGAAAGCCAGAAGAAUAGAGAUGUUGAAAGAGAAAUUGAUCCAACGUAUAAGACCGUUUGUGGAUGCUAAGAAUCCUGGGGAUGCCAAUGAUCCAGAGACGAAAGCAUUCGAAGCGAAGAUUCGGAUGGAAGCUGAGGAUUUGAAAUUGGAAUCUUUUGGUAUUGAGCUUUUACAUACUAUAGCCAGUGUGUAUAUCACCAAAGCUGGAAACUUCAUCAAAAGCAAGAAAUUCUUCAUCGGCGGUUUCUUCGGACGGUUAAAAGAGAAAGGAGGUAUGGUGAAAGAAGGUUGGGGGCUGUUGGGUUCUGCGAUCGGGGUUCAAGCUGCCAUGGAAGAAUUGCAACGUAUCGAAGAAAAGGGUACGGCUACACCUGAAGAGUUGGAGGCUUUGGCACAGGAGGUAUCGAGUAAAAUGUUGUUGACCACUUGGAAAGCUACUCGAUGGGAGGUUGGGAAUGUACUAGGAGCAGUGGUCGAAUCAGUUCUAUACGAUCCCAAAAUUUCUAAAGAAGUUUCUCUUCGAAGAGCCAAAGCGAUCCUCACCAUCGCCGGGAUAUUCAAGACUGUGCAACCGGAUGAAUCUGAUGAAGAGAGAAGAGAACUUGAGAGAUUAGUGAUGAAUGCUGGUAAGAAGAAGAAAGAAAAGGAAAAGGAAAAGAAAUCUGCUCAAGAAUCAACUGUAUCUGGUACUCCUGGAGGUAAGAGCACGACGGUUUAG